AUGCAGAUGGUGAAGAGCACCAUUAAUGAACCCAGUUGCGACGUCUUCAUCAACCACAGAAGCGUGGACACGAAGAGGACCAUCGUUACUUUGCUUUACGAUCAUCUUUCUCGGUUAAAUCUGCGGCCAUUUUUGGAUAACAAGAACAUGAAGCCUGGAGAUAAGCUGUUUGAUAACAUCAACUCCGCCAUUAGAGACUGCAAGGUGGCUGUCACUGUGUUUUCCCCUACCUACUGCGAGUCAUACUUUUGUCUUCACGAACUGUCGCUAAUAAUGGAGUCGAAGAAGAAGGUUAUUCCGAUCUUCUGUGACGUUAAACCGUCACAGCUUCAGGUCAUGUACGGCGGAAAAUUCUCGGUGCAGGAGUUUCAGAGGUUUAAGUGGGCUCUAGAAGAGGCUAAGAAUACCGUAGGCCUCACGUUCGAUUCUUUUAAAGGGAAUUGGUCGGAGGUUGUAACCAACACUUCAGAUAUUGUGAUUCAAAACUUGAUGGAGAUGGAGGAGAAGCAGAUCAGGAAUAGCUGGAAGACUAGUACAUAA